AUGCUUCCGCCAGUGGAUGCGUCACUGUUAGCAGCCAACCCUGGCUUUGAGCAGCUGUACAAUUCACUUACAACCAAUGUCCUGAACUCGGAUGGGUCCACCAAGAAUGAUGCAGCUGCGCGACAACGCGAGGCUGUUCGUGAGGAACUGAAAGAAUACCGUCUAAAGGCAACCAGGAAACACUUGCUCAGAAAUGCAAUUGCAACGGUACCACCACCAUCAUCUCGGCCGCCUCCCAGACAACACACGCGGACUAGAUCGCAGCUUUCAAGGAUAGUCUCGCAGGAAACGCCGCAACUGCCCCCAGAGCUCUUGGAUUUGCUCCUUGUGUUACCUGCAUUUCUGGAGCGAGGCCAGGACAUGUCAAUUGAAGAGCUGGAGUUGCUCUUGUCCAGCUCGCCAAUGUCAGAUUUUCCUUCUCUUUUGCCGCAUUACACGCGUCUGAUAUCAUCGCACCUCACGACACAAGCGCGCAGUCUGGCCCGCGUAAUGCAUCCCUCGACGAAUCCCUCCUUUAUACAUCGGGCUAUCCCGCAUAUUCUUCCGACGACCCAGACUCUGAUAUCAUCACUCUCGAACAACCGUGCUGCCCUCACCUCCAACCGACUUAUGGCCACUCACAAUUUGGUGGAUCAUCUCGAUCAACAGACGAAAGCACUGCUCCUACUGCUCCGUGCUCUCGAGGCCAAGCACGGCGUCAUGGCGCAGUCCAGCACGCUGCGAGCUUCCGACGCGAGCCUGGAAGCCCAGUCACGAGCAACUUCUGUAAAUAUACAGCUCUGGGAGACACGAUCCAUGAUUUAUCCCCCAGAGUCUCAGACUGCACUGCAAAAUUAUCGCCGCCACCUACGUGAUGCUCAGAUGCAGCUUUCUAAUAAACUCCGGACGCGGGAGCAGGAGCUUGGCGAGUACGGCGUCUCGGUCAGCGUCGAAGAGGGAGGGCUUGGCAUAGUAGCCAAACCAGAUGCAGCCAGGGAGAACAAAUUCCGUGAAAUGGCCCGCGUCUGGCUGGAGAUGGAGAAGAGAUUGAAGGAGAUCGACGGCGACCUUAGGCGGCUCGACAAGAGCUGA